AUGCCGGCUGACCCUUGGGUUGGAACAUGGAGGCCUCACAGGCCGAGAUUGGCGGUUGCAGCUAUGUACAACAGUCCAGGUCCCAAAUACUUGUUGAGAGGACAAACAGGUUUCUGGGAUCAUGAUGUCACAACGAACAGAGCACCUGCUUAUUCCAUGGCCAAGCGGCAUCCAGGACUGAAGGAUAGUGGUACACCUGCACCAAGAACACUGCCAGAAAAGAUGACUCACCAUGGGAAGGACAGUGUUCCCGCCUGGACAAUGGCUCACCGACACAAAGACUACGACCCUGGUAGAACCCCAGGACCAGUUUCUCAUUCUUCCACCUGGCUGAUAAAAGCUCAGCUGUUACAAUUCUUCAUAGCAAAGUCAAGGCCUGACUCCCGUUCACACUUGCUUCUCUGUCCCUCCAUCAGUCACCACCAUCUCAGAGCAUGCUCUCUGGGCAGCAACUGCUCGCACUCCUCACCGUCCCCUGUUGGCAAAAAGGAAGGCCACACUCCAGGGCCAUGUGCAUACAAACACGUUGAUACUGAUGUGUUCAAAAACAGAGCACCUAAAUACACCAUCGUGGAACGCAAUCUGAUUCCAGGAGACACAACAUUGAAACCAGGACCAGCUCGUUACAGGCCAGAGAAUGUGAACUUACAUAAGAACUACCCCAAGUAUACCUUUGGAAUCCACCACUCGGAGUUCCUCGCACCCCUUAUUGUGGCUCCAUCAGACUGAGAGAAAACUACGCAGCCAGCCUCAAUUCCCCAGCAAACUCUUUCCGUCCUGAAUUGCAAAAAUGUCAAUUGUACUUUUAAGAAAUCACUCAUUUAAACAUUUAAUUCUUUUUCUCAUCUCUUGUGUAUGGUGUGAAACCUGGCAGUUUUCUGUAUUAGGGGCUUGGCGUUCAUAUUUAACGCAAUAAAAACACUGGCAGGUGGGGCAAGAUCAGUGAGAGUUGCAGACCUGGAUUUUAGAUAGAUUCCAGGCUCAUUUAUCUUACAGCAACCCGAGUGACAGUAUAAUUAUGACCUUUUGCAACUUCUCAUCUUCCACACAUGGCAAUGGAGUUCUUUCAGAGACCAUGUGGCCAGACUACUCACCAGGGACAGGAACAUACAAGUGGCUUCUGGGCUAUCAUUGUCUUAAUUUGUUGUUUUGCAUUAGCUCUCAAGCCUUGUCUUGGGGGCUGUAUUGAGGAUACCUUCAGCAGAAGCAGGGUUUAUGUCCAGCUCUCUGGUGACAUGGUACCAAAAUGAAAUGUAAUUCGGCUUGGCUGACUGAAUCAACAGUGAAUGUGGUUUUGGAGCAGGGUGGAGGAUGCAGCUGGUCAAACAGGUGCUGCUUACUUCUAUUUCAUCCCCACAGCUUCAUUCCUAUUUUUCUCUCUCUCUCUCUCUAAAAGAGAUUGAGAUUGAUAUCUUGUUCAGAUUGGCUACUUGGCCAAAUUACCAAAUCAGAAAAUAGACCAGCUUAGAUGGAUCAUAGCCCCCAAUGAAGUUAUAGGGGCAGCACCUCUGGAGAUUAGAUAACUUUAACCCAAUGAAUGGGCUGACCUCUUGGGUCACGAAAUAAUUAAAGGUUCAAUCUGUUGGGUUUUUUUAAAAAAGAAUAAUUCAUAUUCCAAAUUAUGUAAUGGAUAAUUAACUAAGCUGCUCUGUGCAAAUGUGCAGAGGGGUAUUAGGUAUGAGAGAGAUCAUGAUUGAAAGGUGUGGUUUAUAAUUAAGCUAAAAGUGGGUGAAUUGGAUAUGGAGCUUCCAAGCCUUUUUUGAAAGAGUGGGAUAAAUUUAUAAUAUGGGAAACCUAAUUAUAUUUUAUUGUUAUGGAUAAGAAACUAAUAAAACAUUUACAUAAAAUCUGUGUGUGCAAGUUACAUAAAAUAAAAAAUAUACAAUUUGAACAUUGCAACAACCUAACAGGACAAGGCAAUUUUCCAAUAUAUCUGAUACUUUCUAAUUCAAUCAUCCACUUCCUAACAAUGUUCCUCAAUCCCACAGAUCCAUUUUCUCGCCUUAAAUUGUAACACUACCAACGCGUUGCUCCACAUCUCUCAGCUCACUAUCCACCUUCGGACCAUUUAUCUGAAACUGAGAACAGCAUACUCUCAUGACUCCACUUGCACACUCUGAAAUAACUCGACACAGGUUGGUAUCCCAUUACCAAGUCAACUUUUAUUCCCACGUGGAGAGGCCCUAAUACUGAUCGAGCUCUUUCAGAGUCAGCUCUCCGAGUGAACAGAAUAUCUGACACUCCUGUUCUUAUCUGUCAGCCAGGGGUCCCUCAGGG